AUGGUCGUAAAUAUUCGAAAUGUACUUUUGAUCAAUUUAGUUGAAUUAUAUGCUCAAUGCAUAAUAAAUCCAUCCGGUGUUACUAUGACAUUUACUUGUCCUAAUGGCGUACUUAUGGAAGAUAUAGAUGUUUAUAGUCUUGAUGAUGCUUAUUUGGAAACUAUUGAAAAAGUUCAAGUUGUUGGAAUUGGAGGUCGGGGACCAUUAACAUCGAUUCCGAUUAAUAUUUGUCGUUUCAAACAACUUAAACAUUUAGAUUUAUCAAAUAAUCAUAUAAAUGAUGUUUCAUUUCAUUUCUUUUUUCGCUGUUUAUCUCAAUUACAAACUCUUGAUUUACAUAAUAAUUUUAUUGAUGAAAUACCAAUUUCAUGGAUUUCAGAAAUGAUUAGUCUUAAAUCAAUUAAUCUCUCACAAAAUAAGAUUAGUUCUAUACCGAAUAACAUGUUUUAUAAUAUAUCAAAUAUAGAAAUAUUUGAUGUUUCGUCGAAUAGCUUAACAACAUUUGAAUUAUGGUUAAUUCAAAUAAAAGAUUUGAUCGAUUAUUCAAAUAAUCGAAUUACUCAUUUUACUAAUGAAAAAAAUGUUGAUCUUUCAAAUUAUCAAUCCGAGAUUACUACGAAAAUAUUCUUUAAUAAUACGGGAACAAAAAUUGAUUUCGAUGAUGGUAUUUUUGAAAUGUAUAAUCGUUGUGGUGAGAUAAAUUCAAUGUAUACUCAAUAUUUAAUGAAAACAAUACAAAAAAUACAUGAAAUGAAUCCAAAUUUAUUAAAUUGGAAUUGUUCAUGUAAAUAUUAUCAUUUACAAAAAUAUAUGAUAUCAAUUGAUUCAAAUAAGAAUCUGUCAUCAUGGAAUUGUCCAUUUGAACAUGUUAUUGAUUACGACAAAAAAUGUCAAUGUCAAUCUUCAUUCAAUAGUGAAUCUGUAAAGCUUUGUCAAAUUAAAGAUUGGGAAUUAGAUACGGAUUUUCCAUUGAAUUGUUCUACUUUGGAAAGUAUAUCAUCGAUAAUGUAUAAAGAAUUAAUAUCAAUGAACUUAACAAAUGAAACAAUGAUAGUUAAAUUUGUUGAUCGUAUCGAUCGAUUUGAUAAGAAAUUAUAUGAAUUAAAUAUUUCUCAAUUAAUUACUCCACUGCUUCGAACUGAUUUACAAAAUAUAACUACAAUCAUUGAAAAUCUUCUUGAAUCAAUUAAGAUUCCAGUAGAAAUCACUAAUAAUUCAAUUGCUAUAUUAAGUCUACCAAAAAAAAGCUCAACUUAUUCCUAUUCUCAAACCAAACUAAUAAAUUCAUCUUUUACUUAUUCAAAAAAUCAAACGAUUGAAAAUGUAACCACUAGUAUUACAAUUCAUCAAAAUUCAAUUGAAAAUUUAUCUGAAAUAGAUAUUUAUAUAAUUUAUUAUCUUCCAUCAUCACUUUUUUCUUAUGCACAAAACGAUCAACAUAAAAUUAUUGUUUCACCUAUUGUUGGUAUACAUUUACCUAAACCAUUUCCAUAUUCUAUCACUAUGACAUUUACACAUGUUAAAGAUUUAUAUGGAAGAUAUUCAUGUGAAUUCUGGCAAACAGAUCAUUGGAAUAAUACUGGUUGUUCUUAUUCGAAAGGUGUUAAACCAAAUCAACAUACUUGUAUUUGUAAUCAUACAACAUCAUUUGCUUUAAUAUUUAUACCAGAUUGGCCUAUUUAUGAAGCUUAUAUACCUUCAAUAAUCAUUGCUAGCCUUUCGAUAGUAUGUUUUUGUAUAUCAAUAAUUCUUUCAAUACAUCGUCAAGUAACAUCAUUUCGUAUUCUAUCGAUAGUAAAUAUAUUUUCACUAAUAAAUUCAAUGAUUUUAUUUAUAUUAUUAACUGUUAUUUUAAUUCGUGGUUAUCAAUUAUCGGAUAGAACAUUACAAGCGAAUGAUAAAUGUUCAAAAUCUCAAGAAAAUUUAUCGAUGACAAUGUAUUUUUUUCUUAUAUUAACAUUUGCAAGUAAAACUUUACUUGGUGUUUGUUAUUUUAUAACAAUAUUUUUUCAUUUUAUUUUCAUUCAAUAUACAUCGAUAUCAAAUAAAUUAAUUUAUACAAGUUUUAUUCUGAUUAUUCUGAUUGCUCUUAUUCCAACAAUAGUUAUCGUAAAUCAAUCAUCAAAUUUAUUUCUACAAUAUGAUGGUAUAUGUUGGUUUGAUUCAAAAGUUAUUUUUCCAUAUAUUUCUAUUCCAUUUCUUAUAUUUAUUGGUUUGAAUUUUUUAAUUAUUAUUGCAAUUACAGUACGUUUAUUUCAAUUUAUAUGUGGUCCUAAAACAGCACAAACAAAUGAAAAACGAAUGAUUAUUUCUGUAAUGAUAUGGCUUUCAUUAUGUAUAUCAUUAGGUAUUGCUUGGAUAGUUGGACCAUUUUUAAAUAUAAUAAUUACAGAAAAUAAUCGAUCAUCAACAAUAGUUCUUCAAUGGAUUUUUGCUUUUUUUAUUGGACUUGAAGGUGUAUGGGUAUUAAUUAUUAAUGCAAUAUUUUAUUCAAAUCAAAAAGUGAAUAGAAAAAAUCAUCAAACGAUUUUCAAUAAAAUUAAUAAAUCUGACUCUUAA